UUGCUCUGUACACGCGGCCCAUUUCGCUGGAUCGCCGCUCUAUUACUCUCCCUCCGCCACCACUUUUCCCUUCUCCAACUACUACACUGGCACAACGUCCACCUCUGCGACGGGAGCGAGCUUCCCUCCUGCCUGGCGUCUCCCCAAUCUUCUUUUCCUUCCUUUGUUCCGCGGCCAAGCAUCCUCUUGGCUCUUCACGCAUACCCACCCCGGACCAGGCCCAAGGCGCCCCCCAAGCCUCACCACUGUACCACGCGCCUCCUCCCCAUUCUUGUAUGGGCUCUGCCCACGCUCGCCGUCUUACUCUUACUCGGCGUCCGUCAAACUGUGCUCCUGCUCCACCCUUCUGCACUGAGCACUCUUCGUCGCGUCUCGCCUCUGCCUCAGAUUCCGUGACGCUGCGUGUUCUGCACUUGCUUCAUGGUCCCGACUUCUCGGCCCUCAGCUUAACUUUCUCCUUUUCCUCGUCGCCGCCCUCACGACCUCUGACGCGACUCCCGCCUGUGCCUUCGCUCUUCCAAAAGACCGACUCUCUCUCCUCGCCGUCGUGAUCGAGACGCCCAUCCGCCUUGCCAUCAGAGCCUCGAUCCUUCGGCCGCGGCGACGACCUUCCCUGCCCCAUACGCACAAAGCAUAUGCGGACAAUUGGACGCCUAUCUGUCCUACCUAGGCCGGCAAUGAGCACAGCAGAACCCAUUGCUCCGCUAGUAUGACUUUAUUUGCGGCGCGCCGCCAGCCCCAGCAUCAUGGCUAUCGUCAUGUCCCCUCCACGCAGCCUCAACACCACCCCCAUUACGACGAUCCUUCCUCCACCGAAUCGGACGAUGACCGCUCCGUCGAGCUGCUCGAGGUACCGGAUGUCGAGCUAGCAUGCAAAGCCUACGCGAGCCACCACCGCUCACGUAGCAAUUCCUCGCUCUCCUCACUCUCCUCCAUAAUCUCAUCCUUUGCGCCGGGCACACAUGGCUACAUACGGGCCGCUUCGCCGCGCUCACGCGUACGCCUCGCGCGCCGCGUCGUCCACGUCGCCUUGCUCGCUCUCGCGCUGUGGAUAUUCGUCACGCCCAUCAUAAACCCAAGCUACACGCAUCGACCCUACCACUACUCCGGCAUGAACCUGCGGAGAGAGAAGGUGUUCAUCGCAGCCAACAUCAUCGACGAGGAGCUCAUACGGGGUCCCUGGGGCGAAAGUGUCGAGGCUCUCGUGGAAUUACUCGGCGAGGACAACGUCUUCCUCAGCAUCUACGAGAACGACAGCGGACCGGGAACCAAGGCUGCACUGCGGGAUCUUGCUGCCAAGGUCAAAUGCAGGACCUCGAUCGUCUCGGACCACAUCGACAUCGACGCCUUCCCCAAAGUGCAGGUGCUCCCCAACGAGCAGCGCGUCAAGCGCAUUGCGUAUCUGGCGCACGUGCGCAACAAGGCCAUCGAGCCGCUCACCCGCAACGCGACCGGCAUGCUCUUCGACAAGCUGCUGUUCCUGAACGACGUCAUCUUCUCGCCCAAGGAUGCCGCCGACUUGUUGUUCUCGACGAACAUCGGCCCGGACGGAGCCACGCGCUACCACGCCGCGUGCGCCAUGGAUUUUAUCAACCCGUUCAAGUACUACGAUACCUUUGCCACACGUGACGCCGAAGGUCAUGGCUUGGGCGUGCCUUUUUUCCCCUUCUUCACCAGCGCUGGCCACGGCUUCAGCAGAGCCGAUAUGCUGGCAGGCACGGACGCUGUGCGCGUCAAGAGCUGCUGGGGUGGCAUGGUAGCCUUCGAGGCGAAGUGGUUCGUCGACCAGCGAUCUGGCCUUCUACUUGAAGCCCCCGACAAACUGGGCAGUCAGUCGAGCACCAAGCCGGAUGGCGAUGAGCGCACGAGGAAAACGACGACCGCAAAUGUGCCGUCCCAGCAACCGACAAGGCCGAAACAGGUGCGCUUCAGGAGCCUCCCUGAACUCAUGUGGGACGCUUCAGAGUGUUGCCUCAUUCAUGCAGAUAUCGGCGAGCUGGCGGCCAAAAAUCCAGAGCCAUGGGAGAAUCCUCAAGCUCUCGACCACGGCAUUUACAUGAAUCCGUUCAUCCGCGUGGCGUACGAUUCUCGAACCCACUCCUGGCUUGAGUUCACUCGACGCUUCGAACGUCUGUAUCCAAUUGCGCAAUCCUUCGUCAACUGGCUCGUCAGCCGCCCUCCGUACCAGGCCCGCCGUGCCGAAGUGCCCGGCACGGUCGUCUGGCGACGUGGUUGGGUGUUUGACGGGCCAGUCCGCGACGACGUCAAUCGCAGCCGACUCCAUAGCCACGCCAUUACCGACGAGGUUGCCAAGUUCGGCCAUUGGGAAGACAUCAGGCAGAUCGCUUCACCCGGUGGCUUCUGUGGUGGACGCCAGCUGCUUCUUCUCAAGCCGCAGCCAUGGAUGCCGGGCGAGCGCAUCUGGUACAAGAUCACACCGCCCAAAGGCGCCGAGGACUAG